UUGGGAGUGUGUUACUGCACUAUAUGGUCGGAUCACAACAGCAAGAGGGCAUCUCUGUCGAUGCUGUUCGCAUUCUGCUACAAUGCUGGACUCAUGAAGAGGGACGAAGAUGAUGGAAGUCCUGUUAUCACCAGAGAGGGGUUUCAGUUCCUGCUGCUGGACACCCCAGCACAAGUUUGGUAUUUUAUCCUCCAGUACCUGGAUACUGUUGAGGCCCGAGGCCUGGACCUGGUAGAGUGUCUCACAUUUCUCUUCCAGCUCAGUUUCAGUACCUUGGGCAAGGAUUACAGCACCGAGGGUAUGAGUGAAGGCCUUCUCAUGUUUCUUCAACAUCUUCGAGAAUUUGGUCUUGUUUAUCAACGCAAGAGGAAAGAGGAAAAGGUUCUACCCUACAAGGUUGGCUUUGAACAUUGGCAUCAGGACAGACUGGGUCACCCACAGACCUGCAGCGAGAAGGUUAUAUCAUUGUAGAGACAAACUACAGAGUCUACGCGUACACAGAUUCCAAUCUGAAGGUGGCUCUCUUGGCACUUUUCUGUGAGAUGUUGU